CUGAGAAUCAGAGUAGACCUCAAGCCAAGAGCACACCCGAGGGCUAUUCCUCUCCGGAGCAGUGAGUGNAUCCACUGGACACAGGAUUUUCUGUGCCUUUAUUGCUUGAAGUCAUGGGUCAACUGUUCUCUUCACGUAGGAGUGAGGACCAAGAUUUGCCCUCCAGCUUUACUGAAUACUUAAAGGAAUGUGGGACAGGAAUCAAUAUCAUUCCUCAUGAGAUCAUCACUUCAAUUGAAAUAAACAUGAAAAAAGGGAACAUUCAGGAGGUAAACUCUACAGUCAGAGACAUGUUAAGAGAUAUUGAUAAUACCCCGCUCAAUGUUGCUCUCGCUGGUGAGAUUGGAUCAGGGAAGUCCAGCUUCAUCAACACCCUAAGAGGUAUUGGGCAUGAAGAGGAAGGUGCAGCUCACUCUGGGGUGACAGACGAAACUAAGGAGAGACAUCCAUACGAACACCCCAAAAUGCCCAAUGUGGUUUUUUGGGACCUGCCUGGGACUGGAAGUGAAGAUUUCCAACCAAAAACUUACCUCGAGAAAAUGAAGUUCUAUGAGUAUGACUUCUUCAUUAUUAUCUCGUCCACGCGCUUCAAGAAAAAUGAUAUAGACCUCGCAAAAGCAAUCGUCAUGAUGAAAAAGGAAUUCUACUUCGUGAGAACCAAGGUGGACUCUGAUUUACAAAACGAAGAGGAUUUCAAACCUCAAACCUUUGACAGAGAAAAGGUCCUGCAGGACAUCCGCCUUAACUGUGUGAACACCUUUAGGGAGAAUGGCAUUGCUGAGCCACCGAUCUUCCUGGUCUCUAACAAAAAUGUUUGUCACUAUGACUUCCCCGUUCUAAUGGACAAGCUGAUAAGUGACCUCCCUGUCUACAAGAGACACAAUUUUAUGCUCUCCUUACCCAAUAUCACAGAUUCAGUCAUUGAAAAGAAGCUACAGUUUCUGAGGUGGAGGAUUUGGCUGGAAGGCUUUGCAGAUAGGCUACUGAGCUUCUCCUUAAAAAGUGAUUUGGAAACUCUGGAGAAAAGCAUGAAGUUCUACAGCUCUGUGUUUGGAGUGGAUGAUACAUCUUUGCAGAGAUUGGCUAGGGCCUGGGGAAUAGAUCAGGUGGAUCAGGUGAGGGCCAUGAUAAAAUCGCCCGCCGUGUUCUCACCUUCAGAUGAAGAAACAAUACAAGAAAGGCUUUCAAGAUAUAUUCAGGAGUUCUGUAUGGCUAAUGGGUACUUACUUCCUAAAAUUCUUUAUAGAGAAAUACUUUACCUGAAGUUGUAUUUCCUUGACAUGGUGACUGAGGAUGCUAGAACUCUUCUUAAAGAGAUGUGUUUAAGAAACUAGUUGCUACUGGGCAGUGAUGGUGCAUGCCUUUAAUCCUAGCACUGGGGAGGCAGAGGGGGUGGAUUUCUGAGUUCGAGGCCAGCCUGAUCUACAGAGUGAGUUCCAGGAAAACCAGGGCAUACACAGAGACACCCUGUCUCGAAACCCCACCCCCCAAAAAGAAAGAAAGAAAGAAAGAGAAAGAGAAACUAGUUGCCUUCUAAUUAGGCUGAAGUCCUGUGACUUUCAAAAAAAUAGAAUCAAUAAACAGAAAAACAGGACACUGAUACUGUAAAACAAUAUACUGGGUUUAUCCAGGUUAUUCUGGCUUUAUCCAUAUUUAGUGAUUAUAUAUCCACAUUAGCUAGAGCAAGGGGAUCAGAUGUGUAUAAAUAAACUGAUAGCUAAAAACUAUCCCCUCACUUUGAGUAAACUUUCAGAUCAAUAAUUUUACUUACAUUUAAAUUUGUUUAAUAUAAAUCAACAUCCAAGUUCAGGGUUAGCAUUGAAGUGUUUAGUAUUGUCAACUCAACAGACUCUAGAGACACAUGAAAGAUGAGUCUGGGGGCUUGCAUUUGGGAAAUUAUUUUGCUUAUGUUAAUUGAGGUAGGAAACCCUUUCCACUGUGGGUGGUACCAUUCCCUAGCUGGCAAUCAUCAAGUGUGUAUAUGGAGAGAGGUGCUAAGUAACAGCGUAUUUCCAUUCUUUCAUAGCCCUCUGGUGGUUUUUUGUUGUUGUUGUUGUUGUUGUUGUUUUGUUUUUUAUUGUUGAUUUUUAACUAUAGAUGGAAUGACACUAGCUGCCACAAGAUACUGCUGUGCCUUCUUGAAAAUGACCUAUAUAACCUUAAACUUGAUACUGUAGACUUUCUUGAUAGAGAUUUUAUAAGAGAAACCUUAACCGGCCUAGAGCGAUGGCUCAGUAGAUAAAGUAGAACUUGUAAGUCUGAAGACUUGAGUUCAGAUUCCCAGAACCCACAUAAAGCCAGCUAAGCAUCUGUAAUCCAUGCACUUCUGUGGGAAGAUGAGAGGCAGAAUGAGAAAAGUUUUGGAAGAUCAUGGGGCCAGCUAUCCUGCCACAUACAGCAGUAAAUAAGAGGCCCUGACUCAAGCAAGUGGAAGGUAAAAGCCAACACGAAAGCUUGUCCUCUGAUCUCUGCAUACAUGCCAUGUCAUGUUCAUGCCUGAUAUCACACAUGGAUAUGCAUACACAGAAAAGAAAUUUUUUCAUUCCAAAAAAAAAAGGAUGAAGGUUUGGGGCAAUAUCUCAGUGGUAUAAUACCUGCCUCACACUUAUGUGGCCUCAAGGUCAUUCCCUUGAACUCCAGAAAAAGGCAAAAAGGGGGUGGGCAUGUACAAGAAUGUCUUUGAGGUUAAGAGAAAUGACUCAGUGAUCAAGAAUACUGGAUGCUCUUGCGAAAGACCAGGAUUUAACUGCCAGAUUCCACACAGUAGCUCACAGUUACUGCAACUCCUGUCUCAGGGGAUCUUAUUUCAUUUCCUCACCUCCACAGGGACCAGGCACAUGUUUAUGUGAUAAAUAGACAUACAUGUAAGGCAAGCAUUCAUACAAUAGAUGUAAAUUAAGAAACAUUUUAAAUAUGUAGUUAAAUUUAAAAGGGAAAGAGUUACAAUAAUCUAGAGAUCACACUAGCCUCAAUAAUGACUAAGAAUUUCACAAAAAAUCUAUCUAGUCAGAAUCCUUGAGAAAAUACUAAAGAAACUUUGUAAUUUUAUGCCAGAACUAGGGAAGAUGAUGAAAUUUCUCUGCUUUAUAAUGAUUGGUAUUUUGAAUGCUGUGACAGUAAAGGGCUACUCUAUUCCACAUGAAUUCCAAAAGUCAUUUAAUAAAUUAUUUCUGAAAGAAA